CUCUCCUCCCUUCUCUCUCUACCGUCGCAAGCGACGCCCUCUGACGCCUCCGCCGCUCGAUCUCUCGCCGGAGGUCAGGCCUCCCGCCGUCUCCGCCUGUGUGUGUGUGUGUCUGUCUAUCGCUCGCUCAGCGUUGGCCCGGUUCAAUCGACGGCUCGCCGCCCCCCCUCCCGAGAUGUGUCAGCCCUAAGAGAGAAAAACUGUUUUGGAAAGUCAAGUCAACAAAGGUCUUGUCAAUUCUCAUAUUUUGAAGGAUAACUCUGAAGUCAGUGUUUGUAAAUGGAGAGAAUAAGCACGAAUCAAAUUUACAAUUCUGCAAUUCCAGUCACUGUGCCAUCGCCUUUACCUGCCAUACCAGUCACUCUGGAUGAGAACUUUCCCAGGAUUCCUGAUGGGCAGAAUGUUUCGCGGGAGAGAGAAUUGAGAAGCACCCAGCUGCCACCUCAUCAGAAUCAGAGUACUGUUGCUCCUCUUCAUGGGCAGUUUCAGUCCAGUACUGGGUCUGUUGGGCCUUUGCGUUCGUCCCAGGAGAUAAGGUUCUCUUCAGUUUCAAACCAUGAGCAAUAUACAAAUGCCAAUCCUUAUAAUUCUCAAACACCAAGAACUGGAAGUUCUACGACGGUUAAUUAUGGGUCACAAUAUGGAGGCUUUGAACAUUCGCUGACUGAUUUUCCAAGAGAUGCUGGGCCGACGUGGUGCCCUGAUCCAGUUGACGGUUUGCUUGGAUAUUCAGAUGAUGUCCCUAGCGAGAACAACUUGACUGAAAGCAAUUCUAUUGCAGCUACUGAUGAACUUGCCAAGCAAAGUGAAUGGUGGAAUGAUUUUAUGAAUUAUGAUUGGAAGGAUGUUGUUGAUAACACAUCUUGUCCUGAAACUCAACCACAGGUUCGACCGCCAGCGCAACCAUCUAUGGUAGUUCACCAAUCCGCCGCCCAACAAUCAGUUUCAUCUCAAUCUGGAGAACCUUCUGCAGUUGCUAUACCCUCACCCACUGCUGCCUCCAAUACCUCCAACUCCAAGACACGAAUGAGAUGGACUCCUGAACUUCAUGAGCGAUUUGUGGAUGCUGUCAAUAUACUUGGUGGCAGUGAAAAAGCUACGCCUAAGGGUGUGUUGAAGCUAAUGAAGGCAGACAAUUUGACCAUUUAUCAUGUAAAAAGUCAUCUUCAGAAAUACAGAACAGCUCGAUAUAGACCAGAAUUAUCUGAAGGUUCUUCAGAUAAGAAGGCAGCCUCAAAAGAGGACAUACCAUCUCUAGACCUGAAAGGAGGGAAUUUUGAUCUCACUGAGGCACUGCGUCUCCAGUUAGAACUUCAAAAGCGACUUCAUGAACAGCUUGAGAUUCAAAGAAGUUUGCAGCUGAGAAUUGAGGAGCAGGGGAAGUGCCUUCAGAUGAUGCUCGAGCAGCAGUGCAUACCUGGGACAGACAAGGCGGAGGCUUCAACCCCAGCAGAAGGGUCAAAGCCAUCUUCUGACCUUCCAGAAUCUUCUACUGCCAAGGAUGUCACAGAAAAUACUCAGAAUGGAACGGCCAAACAAACAGAAUCGGGUGACACAGAUAAUGAGGAUGUAACGAGGGUGUCCCCAAGUUGCGGAUCUGAGUGGCCAUUGAAUGGGCUCUAGGACGAUCUGACUGUUGUUUGGCAAAAUUAAAAUUAAAUCUUUUUUUGCCCUUUCACAGGGAACAGAAGAACGCUAUUGUGAACAGCAUAUGAAAGCUUGUCCCAGAGCAUGUAGCUAGACUUUAGUUGUACAGUAGCCCAAAACACGGCAGCGACGAUUCCGUGUUAAUGGGAUGAUCUUUAGGUUUUGGAAGGCAAGCACAAAGCAAAUUUGCACUGAUGUACUCUUGUCAGGGGUUUGACUUCUUUGCUUUCUUCUUUGUUGUUAGGAACUCCAUAGCAUGGGUUAGGCAUUUGAUUAUGAUGAACUAAUUCAAGGAUUUCCUAUAUAUAAUCUUUGGUACCUUGUGUGUCGGAACUGGUACCAGGCAUCAAUAUCAAUGAUCUGUUAAACUUUGUUU